AUGGCGGAAUUCGUACGUGCCCAGAUUUUCGGCACGACCUUUGAGAUCACCAGCAGAUACACGGAUUUGCAACCUGUAGGAAUGGGUGCUUUCGGACUGGUCUGGUACGGCUCUGACCCCUCCCCCUCACGACGGCGGCGCAUCGCCCACUCCGCGAGGGACCAAUUGACCGCACAGCCGGUUGCCGUCAAGAAAAUCAUGAAGCCUUUCAGUACCCCGGUUCUUUCCAAGAGGACUUACCGCGAACUGAAGCUUCUGAAGCACCUGCGACACGAAAAUAUUAUCAGCUUGAGCGACAUCUUCAUUUCUCCUCUUGAGGACAUCUAUUUUGUCACGGAGCUUCUCGGUACCGAUCUACAUAGACUCAUUUCUUCUAGACCGCUGGAGAAGCAGUUCAUUCAGUACUUCUUAUACCAGAUUAUGCGAGGACUGAAAUAUGUUCACUCGGCAGGCGUUGUUCACCGUGACUUGAAGCCUAGCAACAUCCUCAUCAAUGAGAACUGUGACUUGAAGAUUUGUGAUUUCGGACUUGCGCGCAUUCAAGACCCGCAGAUGACAGGAUACGUCUCGACCAGGUACUACCGUGCACCAGAGAUCAUGCUCACAUGGCAGAAGUAUGAUGCCAAGGUGGACGUUUGGAGCGCAGCAUGCAUCUUCGCCGAGAUGCUGUUGGGAGCGCCUCUGUUCCCCGGAAAAGAUCAUGUCAAUCAGUUUUCCAUCAUCACAGAGCUUCUUGGAACCCCUCCGGACGAUGUGAUUCAAACAAUCUGCAGUGAGAACACUUUGCGGUUCGUCAAGUCGCUACCAAAGCGAGAGGCCCAAAAACUGGAGAACGUGUCAAAGUUCGCAUCGCUACUGCCUCGCGAAAAGGAAUAUUACGCCCAGCAGGGACACGAAAAUGAACCGGAAUAUGUGGACUGGAAAAAUGCCAUAGGACUCCUCGAUGCUAUGCUGGUUUACAGCCCCAAAGAUCGACUGAGUGCUACCGAUGCACUUCAGCACCCCUAUCUUGCACCGUACCAUGACCCCUCCGACGAGCCGGAGGCGGAGGAGAAAUUUGACUGGUCGUUUAAUGACGCCGACUUACCCGUGGACACCUGGAAGAUUAUGAUGUAUUCGGAAAUCCUGGACUUCCACAACAUCGACCAAGGUGGUGACAUCAAUCCAGCCCUUGUCGAGGGAGCCGGGCUCAAUCAGCAAGGAUUCCAAUAA